UCGGCACGGGCGGCCGUGGGGGUCGGCGUUAACGGCGCCGGGGGGCGGUGGCGCCUCCCGUCGGCGGCUGGGCGGCUCCGUGGGGCGGCGCGGCGGGUCCGCUUGGUUCCCUCCUUUCUGAAUGCUAAUGAUGGAGAAGUACCAUGUCCUGGAAGUGAUAGGAGAAGGUUCCUUCGGGCGAGUGUACAAGGGGCGUCGGAAGUACAGUGCCCAGGUGGUAGCCUUGAAGUUCAUCCCCAAGGUGGGGCGGUCAGAGAAGGAGCUGAAGAACCUGCAGCGGGAAAUUGAGAUCAUGAGAGGCCUCCAUCACCCCAACAUCAUCCAGAUGCUUGACAGCUUUGAGACUGACAAGGAGGUAGUGGUGGUAACCGACUAUGCAGAGGGGGAGCUCUUCCAGAUCCUGGAGGAUGAUGGGAGUCUGCCAGAGGACCAGGUCCAGACUAUAGCUGCCCAGUUGGUCUCUGCUCUCUAUUACCUGCAUUCCCACCGUAUCCUGCACCGUGACAUGAAACCCCAGAACAUCCUGCUGGGAAAAGGUGGCAUCAUCAAGCUCUGUGAUUUCGGGUUUGCCCGUGCCAUGAGCAUCCACACCAUGGUGCUGACCUCUAUCAAGGGCACUCCCCUGUACAUGUCUCCUGAGCUGGUGGAGGAGCGGCCGUACGAUCACACAGCUGACCUGUGGUCCAUGGGCUGCAUCCUGUACGAGCUGUUUGUGGGCACCCCUCCUUUCUACACCAGCAGCAUCUUUCAGCUCGUCAGCCUCAUUGUCAAGGACCCUGUGAAAUGGCCCGAGGCCAUAAGCCCAGUUUUCAAGAGCUUCCUGCAGGGACUGCUGAUGAAGGAUCCUCGCCAGCGCCUGUCAUGGCCAGAGUUGCUCUCACACCCCUUCAUUGCUGGACGGGUCACUGUGAUUGAUGACACGGAAGCACAUGGAAUCUCAAACCCCUUUACCACCAAGCUGUCCCCAGAGCUGCAGGCCCUGAAGGAGCAACAAGCCCAUUCUCUGGCCCCCAGGAGUGGCCAGUCCAGGAUUCUGAGAAAGGCCCGGCAGAAGAUGGCUGAGGAUGCCCGGAAAAAGGGGCAGCUGAAGACAGACACUGCAUCUGUGAAGGACCCUGGCAAAGGAUGCCCAGGGCAUAAAUCCAGAGCAGCUCCUGAGAAGGCAGCUCUUGGGAAAGGAGAGCCACCAGCUGCUGCCAAAGAGAAAAACCCAGGCCUCCUGCAAGGAGGGAGCAACGUGGCAGAGUGGGAGCUGGAGAAGCCUCCUCCAAGUGCAAGGGAGCACAGCAUCACUCGAGACUAUGAGCAAGAGUUUCCUGGACCAGGGACCCUUCCAGAGCCUGACUCUGUUAGGGCAGAGCCCCGAGGCAGGCGCAGCAUUGAGGCUGUGGACCUGGAGAGUGAGGAGCUGGAGAGUGAUGAGGAGUGGCAGCACUUGAUUGAGGCCACAGAGCCUUCAGCCAUGCAGCUGAGUGCGCCGCUAAGUCUCCUGAGGGAUUCGGCCUUUCGUCAGCGUGUCCGGGCCCGCCUUGCAGACUCCAGCCAGCAGGUGCUGGAAGGGAUGCUGGAGGGAGCGUCCCAUCUCCGUCCUGCACUUCGUGUUGUGGGCAACCUCCUGGCUACCCAGUGUGACUCGGAGCUUCUGUACCACUUUUGCCAAGAGCUGGAUAUGCCUCUGUUCCUGCUAUGUUUAGCCAAGAAGAUCCUGGAGAACAGUAACGCCAAGCAGCAGUCUUGGUGCAUCGUGGUGCUGACAGACCUCAUCGUGGUGACCACAGUUUAUUUCAGCAGUGAGUGCUGCCUGGAGGGGAGCCAGCAGAAGUGCAGCCUGCAGACUUUCCAGGAGUGUGCCGGCCAUUUUCUAGCCCUGCUGCCGGAGCUGCUGGCCCAGUCGGCUGACAGUGAGAUGAGACUCUGCAAGCAAAGCCUCCUGUGCUUCACCCUGCUCUGCGAGAGCUUGGAUGCAAGGUGCCCUUCCAUCUCCGCCCCCUUUUAUGCCAGCCUGAGAGAGAAGCAUCAACCCCUGCUGAAUGGACUCCUCCAGGGAUCUACCUCGGAGCAGCCUGCUCUGCAAGGUGCAGCGAUGGAGCUCAAAUCAGCCCAUGACCAGAGGCAGCAUGUGGCAGAUCUCUUUAUGGCUGCACUGGCUGCUGCCUGCAGCAUCCCCCUGGGAAGGAACGGGUGUCGGGAAGCCAAGCAGCAGGUCUCCCAGGAGGUGGCUGAGAAGCUCAUGGAAGGAGAGAGCCAGCAGCUUGGGAGGCUACUGGGGAGACUUGAGCACCCAAGCUGCUCCCUGAAUGUGCUCAAGAUCCUCUAUGCUGGCUGCUAUGCCAGCCCAAGCCUGUGCCAGAACCUGGGAAGAAGCCAGCGAGUGUGGGGUUCCCUCAUGCAGCUCUCGAAGGGCAAGGUCCCUAUGGCAGAUGUGGCCCGGUGGGCAGCCUGUGAGGCCUCUCUGCACCUGCUGGCCCUGCUCACCCUGCAGCUCCAGGGCUCCCCUCCCAGGCUUGAGGAGGUGGUUACAGUGGCCAUGGAUAUCAUCACCCAGUCUCCUGUCAUCUCCCUUGUGGGUGCUGCAGCAUUCCUCCUGACACAGCUCAAUCAGCACGGGGUGAUCAUGGCACUCAGGGGAGAGGAGAUCCUGCCAGCAGUGAUGAACGCGUUGAUGGCACCUAUUGAGCUGCAGCUGCCCCCACCAAUGGGUGCUGGUAUCUAUGAUGGGCUCUUUUUCCUCCUGCUGAAGCUCCUUGCCCAGGAGGAUGUGGUCGUGGAAUGGGGCUUUGCUGCCUCAGAGCUGUGGAACGUUGUAUGGCAUAGAGUUGCUGCGGUGCUUCAUGUGGGCAGUGAGAAUGCAAUGCUGGAAGGAGACAGUCUAGGGGCAGGCCACCCCACAGCAGAGCCGGACUGGAACCUCCUCUCCCCUCAGGGCAUCCUGCUCUUCCUCAGCCUGGCCCUCUUCGUCUUCACCUGUGAGUCGCCCCAGUGCCUGCCUCAGCUCGCUCAGCCCUGUGGUGUCCUCAUGGAGACGCUGAAGACGUUGCUGUCCCCCAGCUUCCUGGCAUGCCUGGCACAGACGCAAGUGGGGGAGAACGGGGAUCCUGAGCUGGUCCCAGCUGUGGUGCUCCAGGCCUGCCAGCUCCUCUGUUUCCCUUUUGCCCUGGAUGUGGAUGAAGACACAUUGUCAUCAGUCAUGAAGGGUGUGAGAGACUCUCAGAUCCCUGCCCACCUGCUGCAGGCCUGCUGUCAUCAUCUGCCCUUUUCGGACACGGAGCUCCCCAUAAGUCUUUUGUGCCACCUCGUUGUGUCUGAUGAGCAGGUCAUAGACCAAACUGUUGGGGAGGCUGCUGCCUCGGAGCACAUCAUUGCCUUCUUGACAACCGUCUUGUUUUCAGAUAACCCCACGAUCACAAGUGAUCUCCUGUCCCUCUUGACUCAUGUGGCCCGGGUCUGUCCGGAGCACCUGCCCUUUCUCCAGAGGAUCCUGGGCGGCUCAGAUGUGGCCUGUCAGCCACUGACUCGCCUGCUUUGCCAUUCGGAACACUCUGUACGUGCCAAAACCUGCAGUCUUCUGGGCAACCUGCUCCGACACGGCCACGGCUUUCCCCAGGCACUGCAGAGUCAGCUUGGUCUGCUAGAGAGCCUGCUGGAGUGCCUGGCAGACCAGGACGAGAACGUGCGCAAGGCAGCCAGUUUUGCAGUGGGCAAUGCUGCUUACCACAGGUCCUCCCCGGCCGAGACCCUGGGCAGGGCCAUACCUAGGCUGACAAAACUCUUGAGCGAUGUGCAGGCCAAGACACGCUGCAAUGCAGCCUGGGCCCUCGGCAACCUGGGGCAACACUCGGUGGAGCUGGGAGACAUGCUGAUCCAGAGCAAGGCCCCCCAAGUCCUGCUGGAGGUGGCGUGCCGGGACCCCUGGGCCAGCGUGCGGGAAGGAGCCCUCGUUGCCCUGCGGGCCGUCAGCCAGCACCCAGCGAUACAGCAGGUGCUGCUGUCUCUCGGGGCCAGUGAGAAGCUGGCUGUACUGGCCAGCAGGGACUCUCAGCCCACUGUUGGUGGCAGCCCCCGGCCUUCUUCCACCCGACACUGCAAAAAGCUCAUCCACCUCCUUGCACCUAUGCACAGCACCUGAGGAAGCCAGCACUGGGAAACCACCUGUCCCCCCAGAUCCUGGCAAGUGCCUGCAAGCAGUACGUGCUCCUGUCUCUCAUUCUGCACCGGCACUGAGAGCUAAAGCCUGUGGUCACUGGGAGGUUGUCUCCACCGAAACUUUCCAGCAGGUUGAGAGAAACACUCUUCCUCCUUGUGCUUCAGCCCUGACCUUCAGCAAAAUCCACUUCCUCUACCCCAAGAAGGACCCUGGUCAGCAGCCCAGGUUCUUGGCUGUUGCUAGAAUUUAACCUGGACAGAUCCAAUCUUCAGAAACAGGGACAUGCUCCUUGCAGUGGGGCAGCCAUCUUCGGCCCAAGCAUUCCACGUGCGGCAAAGGUGGCGUUCCUGGACUUCUUAGUGUUACAGUGAGAGAGGUGUCUGCAUAGGGACUUGUGGAGUACCUACGUGCCCUGUGCCCAGAGAGCUCCACACCCACGCUCUCCCCAGGGUGAGGCCUUCCAGCCCAUCCAGCUUUAAUGUGAAGGCUGUGAAGCUUUUCCCGGGAAAGAGCCUCUCAAUCUAAAGAAACUGGCUCUUGAUAA